CAAUUUACUACACCAGAGUGUUUAUCAGAACACGUAAACACAUUAUUAUCAGUUUUCUGAUAGAUUACAAGCAAUAUAAUAUAUCCUUUGCGUUUACGCAUAAAAGUAUUUUGUCCCUUUACGCGUACCGUAGGUUAUUCUAGUUGACUAUGUGGGAGUGUAUCAUGGGUAUGGGUCAAAGUUUGAUUUGACAGGAGCAGACUGCUUUAGAGUGACAUAAAUUGACAGUGAACUACAAUGGCAGCAAGAAAUAUAAGUAGAUUUUGGGAAUGGGGCAGGAAAAUAAUUUGCGUUGGACGAAACUAUGCAGAUCAUGCCAAGGAGCUGAAAAAUGCCAUUCCUACGGAGCCCGUGCUUUUUUUGAAGCCGCCGACAGCCUACGUAAGAGAGGGAUCUCCCAUCCUAGUCCCACUGUACACCAGCAACUUGCACCAUGAAGUGGAACUUGGGGUGGUCAUAGGCAAAGGGGGCACGAGCAUCCUUCAGUCUGACGCUAUGGACCACGUGGCGGGAUAUGCCUUAUGCUUGGACAUGACAGCCAGAGACAUCCAGGACGAGUGCAAGUCCAAAGGUCUGCCCUGGACCAUGGCCAAGGCUUUCAACACGUCCUGCCCAGUCAGUGAGUUCAUCCCCAAGGAAAACAUCCCGGAUCCUUCAAAGGUCAAACUGUGGCUCAAGGUGAACGACCAGCUGCGGCAGAGCGGCUGUACGUCACAAAUGAUCUUUUCCAUCCCAUACCUCAUCAGCUAUAUCAGCGACUUCAUCAGCCUGGAAGAAGGAGACCUCAUCUUGACUGGAACCCCCAAAGGCGUCUCCGCUGUGCAGGAGUAUGACGAGCUGCAGGCCGGAAUAGAGGAUGUUCUGACCAUGUCUUUUAAAGUAAACAGACAAGGACAAUGAUCAAACCAACCAAAACUGUGUAGUACUCUAAAGAAUAUGACGGGGCUGAGCUGAGGCUCCAAUAUAAAUUUGUAAAUCUCUAUAUGGUACUGUCACUUGGUGUCCCGCAGGUGGCAGCAGUCGCUCAGGUCUUCUGUCCCCUCCGACUUCUACUGUGCAACUGUUCUACUGUUACCCCAGCCUAAUAUUGUAUCACUUUCAUUGUUCGGCUGGACUUUUGUUUCAAGGUGUUUUGUACAAUGUGAAAAGUACUGCACAAAAUAAUUAAAGAAAAUACUAUUUCAGUA